AGGCACACGUGACCCUCCCGGGGCCAGUCACGUGAGGCUCGGGUCCUGGUUGGGAGGGGGUAGGCAGAGGGGUCCGGAGUGGCAGUAAAGGAGGAAGAUGGCGGGUUGCAGGGGGUCUCUGUGCUGCUGCUGCCGGUGGUGUUGCUGCUGCGGUGAGCGUGAGACCCGCACCCCUGAAGAGCUGACUAUCCUUGGGGAAACACAAGAAGAGGAGGAUGAGAUCCUACCAAGGAAAGAUUAUGAGAGCCUGGACUAUGAUCGCUGCAUCAAUGACCCUUACCUGGAGGUACUGGAGACCAUGGAUAACAAGAAAGGGCGUAGGUACGAGGCGGUGAAGUGGAUGGUGGUGUUCGCCAUUGGAGUCUGCACUGGGCUGGUCGGACUCUUCGUGGACUUCUUUGUGCGACUCUUCACCCAACUCAAGUUCGGAGUGGUUCAGACAUCAGUGGAGGAGUGCAGCCAGAAGGGCUGCCUUGCCCUGUCUCUCCUUGAACUCUUGGGUUUUAACCUGACGUUCGUCUUCUUGGCCAGCCUUCUCGUCCUAAUCGAGCCGGUGGCGGCGGGUUCUGGGAUCCCUGAGAUCAAAUGCUAUCUGAACGGCGUGAAGGUGCCAGGAAUUGUCCGGCUGCGGACCCUGCUCUGCAAAGUCUUCGGAGUGCUGUUUGGAGUGGCCGGCGGCCUCUUCGUGGGGAAGGAGGGCCCCAUGAUCCACAGCGGGGCCGUGGUGGGAGCCGGCCUUCCUCAGUUUCAGAGCAUCUCCUUGCGGAAGAUUCAGUUUAACUUCCCCUACUUCCGAAGUGACAGAGAUAAGCGAGACUUCGUAUCAGCAGGGGCAGCUGCAGGAGUCGCUGCAGCGUUCGGGGCCCCGAUCGGGGGCACGUUGUUCAGCCUGGAGGAGGGCUCGUCCUUUUGGAACCAAGGGCUCACGUGGAAAGUGCUCUUCUGUUCCAUGUCUGCCACCUUCACGCUCAACUUCUUCCGUUCCGGAAUUCAGUUUGGAAGUUGGGGUUCCUUCCAGCUCCCUGGAUUGCUGAACUUCGGCGAGUUUAAGUGCUCUGACUCUGAUAAAAAAUGUCAUCUCUGGACUGCUAUGGAUUUGGGUUUCUUCGUCGUGAUGGGGGUCAUUGGGGGCCUCCUAGGAGCCACAUUCAACUGUCUGAACAAGAGGCUUGCAAAGUACCGUAUGCGAAACGUGCACCCGAAACCUAAACUUGUCAGAGUCUUGGAGAGCCUCUUGGUGUCCCUGGUAACCACCGUGGUGGUGUUUGUGGCCUCCAUGGUGCUGGGAGAGUGCCGACAGAUGUCCUCUUCGAGUCAGAUCGGUAAUGGCUCGUUCCAGCUCCAGGUUACAUCCGAAGAUGUGAAUUCAAGUAUCAAGACCUUCUUCUGUCCCAACGACACCUACAAUGACAUGGCCACGCUCUUCUUCAAUCCCCAGGAGUCUGCCAUCCUCCAGCUCUUCCACCAGGACGGGACGUUCAGCCCCAUCACCUUGGCCUUGUUUUUCGUCCUCUAUUUCCUGCUGGCGUGUUGGACUUACGGCAUUUCGGUUCCGAGUGGGCUUUUUGUACCUUCGCUGCUGUGUGGAGCCGCUUUUGGACGUUUAGUUGCCAAUGUCCUGAAAAGCUACAUUGGCCUGGGCCACAUCUAUUCGGGGACCUUUGCGCUGAUCGGUGCCGCAGCUUUCCUGGGUGGGGUCGUCCGCAUGACCAUCAGUCUCACGGUCAUCCUGAUCGAGUCCACCAACGAGAUCACGUACGGGCUUCCCAUCAUGAUCACCCUGAUGGUGGCCAAAUGGACAGGGGACUUCUUCAAUAAGGGCAUUUAUGACAUCCACGUGGGCCUUCGAGGCGUGCCGCUUCUGGAGUGGGAGACGGAGGUCGAGAUGGAUAAGCUGAGAGCCAGCGACAUCAUGGAGCCCAACCUGACCUACGUGUACCCGCACACGCGCAUCCAGUCCCUGGUCAGCAUCCUGCGCACCACCGUCCACCACGCCUUCCCGGUGGUCACCGAGAACCGGGGCAACGAGAAGGAGUUCAUGAAGGGCAACCAGCUCAUCAGCAACAACAUCAAGUUCAAGAAGUCCAGCGUCCUCACGCGGGCCGGUGAGCAGCGCAAGCGGAGCCAGUCCAUGAAGUCCUACCCGUCAAGCGAGCUGCGCAACAUGUGCGACGAGCACGUGGCGCCCGAGGAGCCGGCCGAGAAGGAGGACCUCCUGCAGCAGAUGCUGGAGCGCAGAUACACCCCCUACCCCAACCUGUACCCCGACCAGUCCCCGAGCGAAGACUGGACCAUGGAGGAACGCUUCCGCCCGCUCACCUUCCACGGCCUGGUCCUGCGCUCGCAGCUCGUCACCCUGCUCGUGCGCGGCGUCUGCUACUCCGAGAGCCAGUCGAGCGCCGGCCAGCCGCGCCUCUCCUACGCCGAGAUGGCCGAGGAUUACCCGCGGUACCCUGACAUCCACGACUUGGACCUCACCCUGCUCAACCCGAGGAUGAUCGUGGAUGUCACCCCGUACAUGAACCCUUCACCCUUCACUGUGUCCCCCAGCACCCACGUCUCCCAGGUCUUCAACCUGUUCAGGACGAUGGGCCUGCGCCACCUGCCCGUGGUGAACGCUGUUGGGGAGAUCGUGGGGAUCAUCACGCGGCACAACCUGACGCACGAGUUCCUGCAGGCGCGGCUGCGGCAGCACUACCAGACCCUCUGACGCCCGCCCGCUGCUCCGCUCACUCUGCAGCCACCACUGGCUACACUGUCCCGGGGCACAAGGUUCCCAGCAGCCUGGAGUCGUGAGCACUUGCUGGUCAGAGGCGCCAGGAAUGGUAUUGAGCCAUCGGAGUUGGGACUUCUCUGACCUCCUCAGCAAGCACCCUGCUCCCUGCUCCCCGUUUCCCACACCCAGUGUUGGCACGGCCUGCCCAUGCCCCCAGGAGCCAAGGCAGAGGCGGCAGCCAGGCCAGCCCCACUGUCACUUUCCUGGGGAGCCGUCCCCCUUUGGGAAGGGCUUGGGCCGAGGCCUGUUGCGGAAUCAAGUUCAUCUCUAGGUGUGGGAACGGGACGCCGACCAGGCCCCCCUCGGGAGCUGAAUCCCCGGACUCGUCUUCUCCAGCCCAUCCAGGGGGGCGCCCUUGCUUCGGGGAGUUUGAGUCUCCUUGGAGCCCGUCCUGCGGGACACAGAGCAUUGGAGUCCCACGAAUGCUCUGCGAGUGAGGAGUCCAGUCACAGGGUCAGACUGCAGCCCCCCUCGUGUCUCACCUGUGGGCCAUAUCCCACCUGCUGACUCCUCCCCACCUGUCCCGACUCCUCUCUGAGUGACUGCACUUCCUCAGUGUGUGUCUGUCUUCCUGGGAGACAGCCGCAGCGCGGUCUUGGCCUCAGCCCAGAGUUAAGCAAAAGCAGGGCACCCUGCGACAGAACCACCUCCCUGAUCCCCGGGGAAGGGGGUGAGACCAUCUCACAAGCCCGGGGGGUUUGUCCUGGGCCGGGUCACUGAAAGGAACGCGUUGGUGGGGGGAGGAGCAGUGUCUUCAAGAAGGGAGGUGUUUCCCCACCCAGCCCUCUCUUCCCUGCUGGCCACCACCCCGUCCUCCCGAGGGGCCAGAGGCAGCAGCUUCAGCCAGGCCUGUCGUGCUGCUGGCACCAGGUGGAGGGAGCCCGGGGCCUUCGGCACUGAGCACGGGCAGCACACACACACCCCAGCCCCAGCCCGGCCUUGGGUGGCGCCCUUCUCAGCCACAGGUCCCUGCGGAGCAUUCGCCUGGGUGAACUUAGGGUAGGGCGUUUGCAUGCCUCUUCCUCCAGCCUCGGGCGUCUGUCAGCAUCGGUCCCAGCAGCCGUCCCUGCUGCAGCAGUUCUCGGGCACUCGGAUGGCACCGUUCACGUGUAGUGCGUUUUAGCCCGUGAAGUCUCCUGAGGCCUGUGGCCUGGCCUGGCGUCUUACAGUCUGAGCUGGGUCAGACCUGACCAGGCCUCCGGGGCAUUACCCACGCCCACAAAGGGCUCCUUCCGGGUCCCUGUGGUCCUGUCCCCCACCCCAUUUACCUUUUUGACCAAAAUGACUGAUUUGUACAUUU